UUAAACUUACACACCAUGGCUCAUUUUCAAUCUCUUAACAUCAUUGAGACCAGUCACAUCUCUCCCUUGAAGGGCACCGUUCCAUCCACCACUCUUCCUCUCACCUUUUUUGAUGCACCGUGGCUCACUCUCCCACUCGGCGAAUCUCUCUUCUUCUAUUCUUACCAAAACUCAACUGAAUGUUUCCUCAAAGAUUACCUCCCUAACCUCAAACAAUCACUUUCCACCACUCUCCAACAUUUCUUCCCUUACGCCGGUAACCUGAUCACCCCACCUCGUCCUGACCCUCCCUACUUACGCUACAACGAUGGCCAAGACUCUCUUCUUUUCACAGUAGCUGAGUCUCUCGCAACUGACUUCAACCUUCUCAUAACCGAUUCUCCUAAAGACAUCAAAGUGUUGCAUGACUUCUUGCCCAAGUUACCUCCUCCUCAUGUCUCUCCGGAGGGAAUCCAGACACGGCCAAUAAUGGUGAUCCAAGUCACCAUCUUCCCUGGAAGAGGAAUCUGCAUAGGAAACACUUCUUCACACGUUGCAGGAGAUGGUGUGACUUUCACUCAUUUUAUGAAGUAUUGGAUGUCUUUGACCAGAUCAAUGGGCAGAGAUCCUGCCACGCUUCUCCUACCCUCUCCUCCUAUUCACAGCUGUAGAAGCAUGAUCAAGGAUCCAGGCCAAGUAACCGCAGGACAUUUGGAGAGGUUCUGGAGCCAGAACUCUGGAAAACACGGCUCACAUCCCACGCCUGAGAACAUGGCCAGAGCUACUUUUACAAUCAGCCGGAAUCAGAUAGACAAUCUCAAGAGUUGGGUUACAGAGCAGUCUGAGAAUCAAUCUAUUGUUUCUACCUUUGUGGUUACUUUAGCUUUCACUUGGGUGAACCUGAUCAAGACACUUGUUAAAGACAGUAGUGAAACAGAGGAAGACAAAGAAGAACAGGUCCUCAACUUGAUGAUUAAUGUGGAUUGCAGGAAUCGUAUCAAAUACACAGAACCGAUACCAUCCACAUAGGCCCUGUUUGUUUCUCCAUUUAGAUGAAUUCAUUUAGCUGAUCCAUUUGUGUGCUCCAUCUAAAUGAUCCAUUCAAAAUUUUGGUCAUGUUUGUUUCUCCAUUUGGAUGAGUCAUUUGAAUGAACCAUUUGAAUGUAUUUUAUGUUUGUUUCUCCA